UGAACUUGUCUCUCUCUUUCACUUUUUUUUUUUUGACUAUAUGACAAGAUUAUUUGCCUUUGGUUCCAAUGGAAGUGGACAACUAGGAUUAGGUCACAAGGAAGAUGUGAAUUCACCUCAAGCAUGUAUUGGCAUACCUAAUAAUGAAACUAUCCGAAAGAUAGUUGGUGGAGGCAAUCAUUCAGCGGUACUAACUACAUCAGGACGACUUUUCAUGGCAGGUUCUUCACAACUUGGAUCUCGUCAAGAAAGAGAAUGGCAAAAGGAAACUUUAUCAUCAGAAACAGUAGUGACAGAAAACAAACCAUCCGACCAUGAUUGGACUAUUUAUAGAGAAUUGUAUUCUGAACAUCAAUGGCAUGAUAUAGCUUGUGGUUGGGCAUUUACUAUUCUCGUGGACGUCAAGGGAAACGUCUAUGGUAUAGGUAGCACACAGUUUGGUGAAUUAGGUUUGGUAGAUAAGCAAAAGGAUAGGACUGAUCUGCUUCCCAUUGCACCUGAUCUCUUGAUAAAUAUUGACUCUGUGGCAUGUGGCUGGCGACAUUGUAUAGCUCUGGAUCGUAAUGGCAAGGCAACAAAUAUUUAUGCUCCUACCUUAAUCAGUGAUAUUCCUGAAUCUGUGGCUAGCAUAGCAUGUGGACAUCUUCAUACACUAUUUCUAGGCAAAACAACUGGCAAGGUAUAUGGAUGUGGCUCAAACAAGUAUGGACAAGUGACAUCCAAUACGCAAGAUACGUGUAUCUAUUCGGUAGUACCUUGUAAUGAUCUGUUCAUGGAUGGACUAACUCUGACACAAUCAAGACACUUGACAGCAGGAUGGCAUCAUAGUGCAGUAUUCAUCAAGGAAAGCAAUAAACUAUGGAUGUGGGGAAGAAACGACCAUGGGCAAUUACAGGAUGAAUUACAACACGUAGUAACAGCAACAUCAGGAUCAGAACAUACACUAGCAAUAUUGGAUACUGGUGAAUUAAUGGCGUGGGGCUGGAAUGAACAUGGCAAUUGUACAACAGAUCAGGCUGACGUGACAACACCGAUCAUCAUUUCUCUUCCAUCGAACAAGGUGACUAUGUUAGGAGCUGGUUGCGCUACUUCUUGGGUGGUUUUAUCAUUAGAAUCAUAGUUUUAUUCACUUUAUCAUCGUUCCCCUUCUCUUUUUAGAUUAUCAUAUACCC